CUUAACUCCAAAUCACCCUGUGGCUGUUACAGGAAUCAGUCAUGGGACUGCUGCUCCCUCUCCUUCUUGGUUUACUCUCCUGUCUGAUCGGAGGACUGUACUUACUUGGUGUGUUUCGACAGCACCGACCAGGAGAACCCCCUUUGGAUAAGGGGCUCAUCCCUUGGCUGGGUCAUGUCUUGGAGUUUCGCAGGAACACAUUGAAAUUCAUCGAGAGGAUGAAGCAAAAACAUGGCGAUGUGUUCACAGUGCAGCUGGGAGGGUUUUAUAUCACAUUCCUUCAAGAUCCUCUGUCGUUUGGGGCAUUUGUUAAGGAGAGUCGCGAAAAACUGGACUUCAGGCCGUUUGCUAAACAUCUGGUGCACAGAGUGUUUGGUUAUGUGGCAGAGGAGGAAGACCACAGUAUUCUCCAGGUCACCAGCAACAAGCACCUCAAGGGGGACGGUCUGAAGGUAUUGACACAAGCUAUGAUGAAUAAUUUACAGAAUCUGAUGCUGCGUGAAAUCGGCUCAGCAGCUGAUCAAGGCAGCUGGAAAGAAGAUGGACUUUUUAUGUACAGCUACAAUAUCCUUUUCAGAGCCGGCUACUUAUCCCUGUAUGGCAAUGCACCUCCCAAGUCAGAAGAAAGUGAGGAGAAAGCCAAAGAGAAAGACAGAACUGAAUCUGAAGCCUUGUUUAAAGAGUUUCGUAAAUAUGACCAACUCUUCCCCAACCUGGCUUACGGGGUCCUUUCACCGAGGCAAAGGUUGGAAGCAAAGAGGCUGACGGAACUAUUCUGGAACACUCUGUCGGUGCAGAAGAUGAAGAUGAAGGACGACAUCAGCGGCUGGAUCUGGGACAUGCAGCAGUUUCGAGAGGAGAGGGGUAUGAAGGAGUCAAUGAUCAGCAAGUACAUGUUUGUGCUUCUCUGGGCCUCUCAGGGCAACACAGGUCCUUCUGCAUUCUGGCUGCUCCUCUACCUCAUGAAACACCCAGAAGCCAUGAGGGCAGUGAAGGAAGAGCUAGAUCAGGUUCUGAAGGAAUCAGGGCAGGAAGCCAGACGUGAUGGCCCUUCGAUCAACCUGACCUAUGAAAUGCUGAAGAAAACACCCGUCCUGGACAGUGCUUUGGAAGAGACCCUCCGACUCUCUGCUGCACCUGUCCUCACCAGAGCUGUGCUCCAGGAUAUGACCCUCAAGAUGGCAGAUGGGCGUGAAUAUUUCAUACGCAAAGGUGACAGAAUGGCUAUGUUUCCUUAUGGUGCUGUUCACACUGACCCAGAGAUCCACCCUGACCCACUUUCAUUCAAAUAUGACCGCUUUCUGAAUCCUGACGGGAGCAAGAAAACAGACUUCUACAAGAAUGGGAAGAAGGUGAAGUUUUACACCAUGCCCUGGGGUGCUGGGGUCUCCAUGUGUCCCGGGCGUUUCUUUGCCUCUAAUGAGGUGAAGCAGUUUGUUUUCCUGGUGUUGGUCUACUUUGAGAUUGAGCUGAAGAAUCCUGAGGAGAAAAUACCUGAAUUUGACUUCAGCCGAUGGGGCUUUGGGUCCAUGCAGCCUAACAGAGAGGUCCAGUUUCGAUACCGACUUAGAUUUUAAACCAGCUCUGUCAAAAUGAUUAGUUGAUGGUUAUGAUUCUGAUCAUCUCUUUCAUUAACUUCAACUUUCAUUAUAUAUCCGAGAAAUAUCAGAUUUCAGUUUUACAUUAAUUACCCCAUCAUAUAAUGGUGUGGGUUUAAAAUUGUAUGUGUUCUAAUGCAUCUUUAACUAUUUUGUGGGAGAGAUUAAUUUCCAGCCUAAAUAGUAGCCAAUUCUAAAUUAGACAAUGCACUAGAUGCACAUAUUCAAUUUUCAGCUGUGAUGUGAUAGAUAGCUGCAAACAGGAUUUGGGAAUAUACAUUAUGAGUGUGAGAAAAUAAAACAAAAAUGUUCAUGAUUACUGUUGUUAAGAUUAUUAUUAGUAUUGCUAUUAUAAUUGUUAUUAUUAGUAGAAUUAAUAUCCAGCUUUUUCCCCCUUUUGCAUCACUUUUAUUACACUUUUGUAAUGUGUGUCUGUGGUAGGUUGGCAUAAAUGGUCUUAUUGGAUUACUAUAACAUGUUAACAUGUAAACUCUCUGUUAAACUGCUAUGUAUUUUGGAAAA